CGGGUCAGACCCCAGGGACAGGGGCCCUAUCAGAAUCCAUUCCCAAUUCUAAUCCGAACCUCCCUCUCGUCACUUUCCCAAACUUUCCCUAAAAAGAACUCAUUAGUUUAUUUUUUUCUUUUCCCUUGUAAGCUAAAAAUUCCUAAUACAAUUUUCAUAUAAGUUACAAUAGGGUUGGCCCAAACAGGAAUUGGGACUCCUAGGUGGAAGAAAAACAGAUGUCAGUGAGGGUUGAUUGGGAAAAUCCAUUCUCUAAUCUCAAAAAGCCCAAUUACCCAAUCCAUCAAUACAGUGAUUGGGGGUGGGCUUUGAUAUCUUUUUUUAAUUCAAGGUUCUCUCCCCUUUUCUCUUCUGGGUCUGGGUCGUCAACAUUUGAGGUUCAAGCAAUUAGCACCCCGACUCAGAAGGCUUUUCAGUUCUUAUAACGGAUGAACCCUUGACCCUUUUGUUUCUGUUGUGGAAAAGAAAUGGCCAGUUUCCUUGGUUUAUCAGCUUCUCAAAGUCAAAUCUUGUAUCGCUGCUCUCCUCCAGCCUUCAUUUCGUCUUCAGCUCAUUUCCGGGGGCAAGCGCCGGUUCGGAGACUGCUUGUGCUUCCUCUUAAGUGUUUAUCUUCUGGGCCGAGUCCAGACAACGAGUCAGAAGCUGAAACGCCAUCGUCCCCUUCUUCUUCUUCUUCUUCUAUUUCAUUGGCUUCGAGCAAUUCCUCGAAUAAUUGGCGUGCGGGUCUUAGUGCCAUUGGGCUUGUUGAAACUGCCUACUUGACUUACCUCAAGCUAUCCGAUUCCGAUGCCUUUUGCCCUCUUGGUGGUGGCGGUUGCGGAGAUGUUCUCAACAGUGAUUACGCCGUAGUUUUUGGUGUUCCUCUUCCUUUAGUUGGAUUGGUUGCUUAUGGUAUUGUUACGACGCUCAGCUUGCAGUUGAGUGCAAAGAGCUUACCUUUCGGGAUCAGUGAAACAAAUGGCCGUUUGCUAUUGCUUGGGAGCACCACCUCCAUGGCUGCUGCUAGUGCAUAUUUUUUGUACAUACUGAGCACAAAAUUUGCAGGAACAUCUUGCUCGUACUGUCUGAUGUCAGCUCUGUUAUCAUUUAGUUUAUUUUUCAUCAGCAUAAAGGAUGUUGGGUUGCAGGAGAUACAGAAAGUGGUGGGUCUACAGGUUUGCAUAGCAAGCUUGGUGAUUGCCACACUAAGUGCCUCAUAUAGCACCUCAUCAUCUGUUCCUUCAAGCCUGGCUAAUGUUGAUCUUCCAUAUUUUACAACUGAGAUAACAACAAAAUCAAGUCCCUUUGCUCUUUCACUUGCAAGGCAUCUACACUCAAUAGGAGCUAAGAUGUAUGGGGCUUUUUGGUGUUCUCACUGUUUAGAACAAAAACAGAUGUUUGGGCGUGAGGCAUCAAAGUUGUUGGACUAUGUGGAAUGCUUUCCUGAUGGAUUUAAGACAGGAACUAAAAUGUUCAAGGCAUGUGCAGACGCAAAAUUAGAAGGAUUCCCAACCUGGGUUAUUAAUGGUGAGGUUUUGAGUGGAGAGGUAGAAUUGAAAGAACUUGCAAAGUUAUCGGGGUUCAAUUUCAAUGAAUAGGUGGACUAUAUAUUGGGGUGAAACUGGCACUUGUACAGCUUACAGAAGAUUUGCCCUGGCUAAGAUUUUGAAGUUUGUUUCUCACAGAACGAAUGAGAGGUUCUAUGUGAGACUAAGAACUUUAAAUUCAUUCUAUUAGACGCUAAUAUAUCUGUACAACUUUAUGACAAAUUUUGGAGGCACAAAAAAUAUGAUAGUAGGUGUUUGCCCCUCCUUAAAAAUCAUGUACGAAAAACUUUGAACUAUGAAAGGAGCUCCCCACGAAAUUCUUUGUGGCCUGGGCGGAAAACCAAGGCUCAAGCUCAAGGAUAACUGCUAGAAUGUGAUCGGGAGUUACCAUAAGCCGUUUUUCUCACACAUAGCAUUAAUGUUUAAAUUAAACCAACUUGGGUCUUGGUAUUAUAGUGGCUGGGAUAUCUUUUAUUUAUUUAUUUAUUUAUUAUGGGACAUGUAAACCACCAGGCAUUUACUAAGGUGGCAGAUAUGGAUGUGGGCCUUUUAUUUAAUGCAUUUUUCGUCAAUAUGGGUUCGCCAAUUUAAGAUAUCUCGAGUGUAC